CAAAGAAAGACGAAUAGAAGGAAACAAUCUACAUUUAUUUGUUAUUAAAACUUUCUAAAAGAAAAGACAAGGACCGAUAAAAAUAUAACAGAAAGCAUGUGCAGAGAAGAUAGACUUCGUUAUUUUAUAGUAGGAUCCGUCAUACUAGAAGUAGUCACUCCACUGUUCUGGAAGAGGAUAGAACAUGAUUAUACUAACAGUGGACUAGCAUCACUGCAGGAUUUCUUAAAUAAACAAUCCACAAAACACACCCUCUUUCACCUUCGACACGGGAAUACCUGGUGCUGUAAAGACAAGACAAACUGUUCCAAUAAUGGAGCACUUCCACUCAAUUACUGCCAAUGGGAUCAGUUAUACAUAGAAACCAAUCCUGGUGUAAAUCCACACGGCUGUCACUGUAAGUUUUCAGCCAAUCCUGUUCAACUAGAUAAUUUCGAUAUCACACUGGCUAGCCUGAUUCUGCUUAACUGUUGCAUCAUUCCAUCUGGUGAAAAAGCUGCAAUCCAAAAGUUACGACAAUACAAGAAUGACUAUCUGAGUCAUAAUAUAAAAGGGGCUAUAACCAAAAGAGAGUUUAAAACAUUGUGGGCCGAUCUGACAAAUUUAAUCUUACAACUUGACCCCGGUAAACAAGAUGACUUGACCAGAAUAGAGGCAAGACCACUAGAUGAAGCAUUAUGCAGCAGAUAUUGUGUAGAUCUUCUUGACAUCCACAAAAGACUUGACGAGAUUGACGAUACAAUGAAGAUCAUGAAUAAUUCAGUACAAGGUACCCUUCAAAACAUGGGUUCAUCGGUUAAAGAUUCACUAAAUAACAUGGAAGCAACAAUACUGGAGGAGUUGUUGUUUUAUGCCAGGAGAGGUAUGGCAUGUAAAUGCUUUACAGAGAGGAACGACAAUCAUGUUGCAAGAAAAUUGAUAUCCUCUUCAUCAAAUUACCAAGAACAAGGAGGUGUCAAUGUAAGCAUGGAAAGUCCGACAGUCGACGUGUUUCUUACUAAAAGACAAUCUCACCGGUUAGGACAAUGUAGAUUCACAAUAUAUCGCCAGAUAGACCUGACAUCAGUAGCUGGAGAUGAAAAAAGAAGAGUAGUAUCCGAUUUAGUUAUGAUGGAUGAUGCUAGAUGGAUAUUAUUACGAGAUGUCCAUUAA